AUGACGACUAGUCCUAAUAAACGCUGGAGUUUCUAUCUCUGCGGUGCAAAGAAAAUCAUUGCUGCUUCGGCUACAACUGUUGAAUUGUACAAGGGCGAGAGUGCGAUUCUCAUGGACUGGAUCUACUAUCACGAAGUUGCUUCAGAAUUUAGCCUGCGGCACUGGGCUGAGGCAAGCGCCAUAGACAAUUUCUGUAAGGGGCCUCUGGCGGUACGUCCUAAGUGGGCAGCAGUUGAUGAAUCGACGGUGGGUUUCACGGUAGCUCUGACUGCUCCAAUAUGCCAGCUAAUUCAAGCUUAG